AGUCGAUUGAAGGAGGAACAUUCUGCUGAGAGAAAGAGAAAAAUGCAGCGCUGAAAAAGGAGAUUCAAGAGGCGAAUCUCUACAGACGGUCCAAAAUGGAUUUGGUGUACAGCAACAGAAGUGAUGUGACAUCAGAGAAUGAAAGUUCCGCUUUGUACAGAUCAUACUUUCCUUCAUGGGAAGACUUCAACAGCAGUGUAGAUGACAUCCGUUAUUUUGUGAUAGGGGUCUAUACAUUUGUAAGUCUUCUUGGGCUUCUUGGAAAUGUCCUCAUAUUAUUGGCCUUGAUAAGAAAAUGGAAAGAGAAGACGGUCAUGAACUUUCUGGUUGGCAACCUGGCCUUCUCAGACAUACUGGUUGUGUUAUUUUGUUCACCAUUUACACUGACUUGUGUGUUACUGGACCACUGGAUUUUUGGAGAUAUCAUGUGUCAUAUUGUUCCAUUUCUUCAGUGUGUAUGCGUUAUGGUUUCAACGCUUAUGUUGAUGUCCAUUGCCAUGGUUAGAUAUCACAUGAUAAGCCACCCUUUGUCUAGACAUUUGACAGUGAAUACUGGAUACCUGCUGCUUGGAAUUAUUUGGACGCUGGGCCUCUGCAUUUGUUCUCCUUUAUCUGUUUUUCACAAAACCAUAGAGCUCAGGGAAACCUUUCACCUGGAUUCUUUGAAAAACAAGUUCCUGUGCAUUGAAUCAUGGCCGUCGGAUUCAUACAGAAUUGCGUUCACUAUCAGCUUGUUAUUUGUCCAGUAUAUUUUGCCAAUAGUUUGCCUCACAGUCAGCCACACAAGCGUCUGUAGAAGAGUCAGUUCCAGCAUUCCAAACCAACAAGUCCAGCCUGAAGAAAACGAGAUGAUUGAUUUGACUCUCCACCAAUCAGACCGGCACAGCUGCUCCCCGCCCCAGCUCUCUAACUCUGAAAGAUGGAGACUAUCUAUUGCAAGAAAGCAAAGGAAAAGAUACAACAAAAAGUGCUCCAGUGUGAUGCCAGUCAUGUAUAACCAUAAUAACGACUCUGGAGAGCUCCUGCAUCCAAAAAGCAAGGACCAGCAUACACCACCCUCCAACAUAUUCCUCCCUGGUGUCCCUGUGUGCUUUGAGCUGAAAGCAGAGGAGAACACGGAAUUGCAGAAAAUGCUCACGACUUCUAAAUCUAUUUCGAGAAUGAAGAAGAGAUCCAAAAGUGUUUUUUACAAGCUGACCAUUGUGAUCCUGGCUUUUGCCAUCAGCUGGAUGCCCCUUCACAUUUUCCACCUUGUCGCUGACUUUGGCGCCGACCUCAUCUCCAGCAAACAUUUUAAGCUGGUGUAUUGCAUUUGCCAUUUGCUGGGGAUGCUGUCUUGCUGUUUAAAUCCAAUUCUGUAUGGGUUCUUAAAUAAUGGGAUCAAAGCUGAUUUGAUAUCUUUAAUUAAAUGUUUUUACAUAUCCUGAAUAUCAUUAAGCAAUGUCACAUGCUAGGGUUGUGACUCAACAUUAACCUGCAGGCAGUCAUAUAAAGAUUUAUAUAAUCAGGGUCAAGACUAGGAAGUACAUUGUGUGCUCUAGGGUUCAAUGGACCUUUUAGCUGACAAUGCGAGCACUGUUGUGUUAGUAUUUAUUGUAUUGAAAUACUUUUGCUCACUGGGAUACAUUAUUAAACAAAUUAUUUCAUAUAUAUUGUUUCCAAGAGGGUCUUGUUUAUAAAUACAUUUUGAAACCAUAUAAACCCAUACAAAAUGUACAUACUAAUCUCAGUUAUGUAAUAAUAUAUCGUGCAAUAUCAGAACUAUUAUUAUGUGUAUAGUUUUGUAUUUCUUGAGCUUGUUUUAGACAUAUUGCUGUCUUAUUGCUGUAUCACACAUUUAAAAAUGUUUUAGUGCAUGAAUAAUAGAAUUUCAAUAGAAUUUCUUUCAAUGUGUCAAGCUGUGAAAAUAAAACCAAAAUAAAAAAAAAAUCUUUCAAAUCAACAAUAUAUAGUUGUAAUCAUAUGGGCAGCAGUGUGGAGUAGUGGUUAGGGCUCUGGACUCUUGACCGGAGGGUCAUGGGUUCAAUCCCCGGUGGGGACACUGCUGCUGUACCCUUGGGCAAGGUACUUUACCUAGAUUGCUCCAGUAAAAAACCCAACUGUAUAAAUGGGUAAUUGUAUGUAAAAAUAAUGUGAUAUCUUGUAAGUCGCCCUGGAUAAGGGCGUCUGCUAAGAAAUAAAUU